GAGAGAAGCGCGAGAGACGAGACAACUGCAGAAGCUUUCACCAGUUGAAGCUGAAAGCGACGCUGUUAACGGUCGUGAAUAAGGAAUAAAUGUGGAAUAUUUUCUCCGGAUGCCGUAUAUUUUCAGUCUGCAGAUCUGGUGUCUUUCCCACAACAAUUCACCAAUAAAUACUGGGAAUAUUCACAUCAUCCUACAAGAGAAGGACGAACUCCAGGUGUAGCAGCUGAAAUCUGAGUGAAGAUGGAGUUUAUUAAAGAGGAGAUUGAAGACAUGAGUGAUCCAGAACUAUCCAGAAUAAAACAUGAAGAUACUGAGGAACAAAUAGACCAGAUGGAAGUGAAGGAGCAAAGACACAAACUAAAUUAUGUGAAGAAAUACUGUGAGCUCAAAACUCAAGGAACAAAAGCCAAAAAGCUGCACACCUGCUCACAGUGUGGAAAGAGUUUCCCAUAUACAUCUGGACUCAAAAUUCAUCUGUGCGUUCCCUCUGGAGAAAAACAAUUUUACUGUAAUCAGUGUGAUAAAGAUUUUAAUUUGUCAUCAUAUCUAAAACGACACCUGAAAGUUCAUUCAGAUGAGAAGCCUUAUGUGUGUUCUUUCUGUGGAAAGAGUUUUUCUUGGCUGGUGAAUUUUAAACUGCACCAGAAAACACAUGAUGAAGUGAGAGAUCAUGUGUGUUUUGAAUGUGGGAAGAGCUUUACUAGAGCUGACUGUCUGAAACGUCAUCAAAGAAUUCAUACUGGAGAAAAACCUUACAAGUGCUCAUAUUGUGACAAGAGUUUCGCUCAGUCUGGAAACCUGAAAUUACAUGAGCGAGUUCAUACUGGAGAGAAGCCGUACUACUGUACUCAGUGUGAGAAGAGUUUCAGCGAUUCAAAAGGUUUAGAAAUUCAUCUGCGCGUUCACUCUGGAGAAAAACCAUUUAACUGUGAUCAGUGUGGUACAAAGUUUAUUUCAUCAUCCAAUCUAAAACAACAUCUGAAAAUUCAUUCAGGUGAGAGGCCUUAUGUGUGUUCUCUCUGUGGAAAGAGUUUUUCAAGGAUGAACAGUUUUAAACUGCACCAGAAAACACAUGAUGGAGUGAAAGAUCAUGUGUGUUGUGACUGUGGGAAGAGCUUUACAACAGCUGACAAUCUGAAACAGCAUCAAAGAAUUCAUACUGGAGAAAGACCUUACAAGUGCUCAUAUUGUGACAAAACUUUCACUCGGUCAGGAUCUCUAAAUGUACAUGAGCGAGUUCAUACAGGAGAGAAGCCAUAUCACUGUACUCAGUGUGAGAAGAGUUUUAGACAUUCAUCAAACUUUCACACUCAUAUGAAUAAGUGUUGCAAAUGAGCAACAUUUGUUUUCAUGUCAAAUACAUUGAAGUAAAUUCUCUGAGAUAAAAUAUGGAGUUUAUACUAAAAGCACAGUAUCAUCUAAUUUUAAGUAUUUGGUGAAAAGCUCAGAAAACUUGAAAGAUUUAAGAUUUGUAGCUUCACACUGCUGAAGCUCUACACUGUAAAUAGUUGUAGUUUUUUUUCUGUCAGGAUUGAUUGUGUGCUUAGUAGGUCUUAUUUGAAUUAGAUACAUUCAAUUAAUUUACUUACACUAAGUACUUUAUUGUGUUCUGAUAUACAUGCAAUUAUGAGAAAUAAAACAGAAACAACAUGUCUUGUCUUGAUCUAUUUAAUGAACACUGAGAAUGAGUUGUUUAGUUUUAAUUGAGUUUAAACAUUCUAUGUUAAAGGCACACUGUGUAGAUUUUCGCCACUAGAGGUCGCCUAUUCAAAACAAAGGCGUAGCUUGAUGAUGCUUAGAUUGAGUGUGAAUUUAUGGGAGAUGUCAUCUUCACCUCACAGCCAGUGGAAAAGAAUCAGGAUGGGACUCAGGCAGAAAUCAUGUUCAUGGAUGAGAUUAUUAACGUUACUGUAGUAUGAAGCAGAGUAGGGCCGAGUGCUGUGCAAACAGAAACGAGGCCGCUGUAGUGAUCGCUAAUGAGAGAUGAGCGCGACACAAGCAGCCGAACUUUUAUUAUGCCGCAGUCGCCGCUUCCGCUUCCGCUUCUUCCAGUCAAGCGUAUGUGGGGUAAAGCAGCACUGCUUUAUUAGAUACAAUUGUGUGUGUUGAAAAUGAUGUUAUAACAUUACUCUGUGUGUUUGCUCUGUGAUAUUAGGCAUGGUAAAACAUGAUACUCGCAGUAAAUCAAGAAAACAAGAUUUAAACAAGACUUACUGUGUUGAGUUAUAUAACAUGAUUAGUUUUCUGUUGAUGAAUGUAUGCAAACAGUUGUUCCAUUGUCUAAUAAAACAAUUUAUCAAAG